AGUAGCGAUACGGGCUGAGCAGACAUGGAGGCCCGAUUAACGAGAGAGGCCCGUGCUGACACAUCCAGGCCCAGCUAACGGCGUGUGGGAGCGGAUUUCGGAGCAUCCCGGGAAAUAUUACGGAUAUCACUUGCUCGCUUGGAAGAUAUAAAAUGUGGCCACCACGUUGAAACGCACGAAUGGAGGACACAGCCAAAUAAUGUGAACACCGUUUCUGGACAGUUACAGAGUUGAAGGACGGAGAAAGAGGGCUGGACAGCCGAGGAAGGGAAAGAAGCCAUCCAAACACAAGGAGGGCUUCACCCUCACUGUUAUCCCCCUCCCCCCUUUCCCCCUUCAACCCCAACCCAUCCCCUUAAAAAAACUCUGCCUCUUAUCCACAACAUCACCUGCCCAGUAAACCAGCGCACUUCCUCAAUUCCAGAUGGAUCCGAAGAGCCAGGGAGGGACGGCAACUCCACCCCCUCCUCUCUCAGGUGCCCAGACAGGGGAUAGAGAGAAGGAGGGAGGUGGGGGAAAGAAAGAGGAAGAGGAUGAUAAGAAGAGGGAUAGAGAGAAGGAAGGAGCUGUUGCUGCCUCUGCAGGUGCUGGAGCAGCAGGAGCAAGUGGGCAAGGAGGGGCAGGAGGUGACCAGUCCCACUUCUCCAUCAAAGAGAGCAGCCUGUCUGAGGGUAAUGUCAAGCUUAAGAUUGGACUUCAAGCAAAACGCAUGAAGAAACCCCCGAAGAUCUUGGAGAAUUAUGUGUGCCGACCGGCCUUCAGGGCCACAGUAAGGCACACAGGGCGUGGAGGAGGUGGCGCCCGUGGAAACCGGGCAGCUGCUACAGGUGAUGGGCUGGGCAGUCAGAGCCAGAGUCCAUCACAGGGCAAGGAAAAGGAGAGGGAGAAGAGUCCCAGUGUCAGCAAACCAGCCCCACCAUCUUCAUCAUCAACCCCCUCUGCUAAAGCUCCUACACCACCUCCUCCUGCUCCUCCUACUAGCACUACGACCACAACAUCACAAGUGAAUGGGAGCACGCCAUCAAAAAGGGGUCAACCAAAGACGGAUAGCAAGUCUGAUGCAAAACCAGACACAAAGGCAUCCACAAACACAUCUGAAAAGCCCCUUAACCUUCACCGCCCUCCACCAGACAGCAAAACACAUCCUUCUGGGAAGAAAACGCCAACUUCUCAACACAAUCCCCGGACAUCUUCUCCAACGCUACCUGCAUCAAAGGAACCCAGCUUUGACAGUGUGAAACCUCCUCAAUACACCUACAGCACUGACAGCCAGAGAGACAAGGACAAGGGUGCUCAAACUUGGGGAGCGCCCACCGUCACUGAAAAACUAGCUCAACUCAUAGCAACAUGUCCCCCAUCAAAGACCCCCAAGCCAGCCAAAUCUGCAAAGGCUGACCCUACUCCCUCGCUCCCAAGCUCUGGCUUUAUGGCCCCCACAGCUAAGCAACGAGACAGGGCUAUGGCCAAUAGGAACACAUAUUCAAGAAUGGUACACCUUUCUCCUCCACCUCCAGUUUCACGACCACCUGGUCGGCCCUAUGGUUCUAGGAACAAAGACAGUGUUAUGGAAAAUUCCACCACCUCGACACCACUGAGGAAGGAGGAAACAGAAGGUUCAGGGAAAGCUAGUAGCAGCAGCACUAACAACAUCAGCAACAACGUCAACGUGAACAACAGCAACAGCAGUAGUCGCAGCAGCAGCCCUGCACUCACCUUUGGCAAUAACCGGCAGUCAGCUAUGUCAAAGGACAGCAGCAAUGACAACAGCAAGAGUAGCAUUUCUAAGACGCAGUCACGUACAGCUCACUGCCCGCCCCAUACCUCAUCUUCAUCGUCUUGUCCCAUUUCAUCCUCUUCCACCACUUCAGCUGAGCAGAAGACAGUGAGUGCAGUGACUCGCCUGGGCUCCCCUGUUCCCUCACAAGGACAUCAUGCACAAGAGAGUCCUGCCUUGGCCGAGGAAAGCAGUGCAAGUGAGGUGGAGCAGGACAGGGACAAUCCCAGAGACUUAACCAAGUCCCCCCCUCCAAUAGGAACAGGAAAGUCUGAGGGAAAAGACAAGGGGGUUGGUAAUCAGUCACUGCGAGGUGAGAGGGGGAAAAGCUGUAGUCCGAGUAAGCGCAGUCCCAACCUAGAUGUUAAUCACUCUGGUCGGACUAGCAGUACCCCUGAACCUGUAAGACAAAGGGUCUCUUCUCCAGAGCCUGAUGGUGAAGAAGGUCCACAAACACCUUUAAGAGAUGAUUCUCCAGAUUCAUCUGUGGACUCCGCUGAAGAGCAGGACAGCAAACCCCUUAAAAAACGCAGGGGAAGGAAACCCCGCUGGUCCCGUGCUAUGAACAAGGCACAGAGUCAAAGAGCAGAUGAAGACAGUCCCUUUGACCAGAGCAAUACCAUCUUGCCUUUAUCUUCAAGUGGGGAAUCCCAGUCACCACCAGUUAAAAGACCAGUGGGCAGGCCUCCAAAUCCAAAUAAGGUCAAACCAAAUCCUGUGCCACAAAGUGCAGCAUCACAGCUCUUUCCACCCCAGUCCAGGAAACGGGGAAGGCCAAAGUCUAAAAUGCCAACACUUGAUGCCCCAGCCCGUGGGUGCCUUCCUAAUAAGCUAGCCCCUUCCAAGGUCUUUUCAUCUUUGAUGAAGUCCAAAGAAGAGCAGGACCCCCCUGUUCUUCACCCAGAGGUGGACCUUGAUCCUCCUAAACCUAUGCCUAGAAAGCGAGGUCGCCCUAAGCGCCUUCCUCCUACCUUGCCCCAGGAGGGUCAGCCUCCCACAUUGGCUCCAGAGUCUGGAGAAAUGGGAGAUAAACGAUUCCGCAACAAAGGAAAUGGGCAGCUCAUCAUGAAAACUAUUAUAGGCAAGAUUAAUAAGAUGAAGAGUGUAAAACGGAAGCGUAUUCUCAGCCAAAUAUUGUUAGGUCCAGGAACAGAGGAGACCCCUAAAAGUACCACCAGUGGAGCAGUUGCCUCUGCAGAAACUGCAACCCAAUCAUUAUCAUCCCUGGCUGCCUCUUUUGGGGGGAAACUAGGGCCACAAAUAAACGUCAGCAAAAAGGGCACAAUAUAUAUGGGCAAGAGGAGAGGACGCAAACCAAAAACAACGACAAAUGCUUCAACACCACCACAAGACCCCUUCCUGUCCCCAAAUACCACCUCUCCCCUCCAUCAUCAAUUACAGUCUCAGCAACAGCACCAGCUCUCCUCCUCAGAAGUCUUUCCCUCCCCCUCCCUCUCACAGUCUAGUGGAGGGCACAGUCCUAUCAGUGAUGCCAGCUUUGUGGAGCCUGGGUCUGUGCACUUUGCAGGUCACUCUCACUAUUCUAACCCCCACCAUAGCCACAACACUUUCUCUUUCCCUCCCCCAACCUUUUCUGCCCCUAAUCCUCGCAACCAAGGGCUAGGCUCAACAACGCUGGCCUCAGCUUCUUCCCAGAAAAAGUCAUCUUGCCGUGGAUACCAUCAUCAUCACCACCAUUACAGGCAGCACUACCACUAUCAUAAGCUUUCCCCUCCCAGGCCGCUCCAUCCCACUUCCCCUGCCCCUCUCAGCGAGCUAAAAGAAGCAACUCCAUCACCAGUAAGUGAGUCACACAGUGAGGAGACAGUGCCCAGCGACAGUGGUAUAGGAACGGACAAUAACAGCACCUCUGAUCGGGGUGAGAAAGCAGGAGGGGCUGGUGGAUUGGGUGCAAUCGGGAUGCCACACGGGAUGGGCAGUGGAUUAUUAAUGCCAGGGGUCAUGGGUUCAACCCUGGGUCCAGGAGUGGGCCUUAAUUCCAGAGGCAGGCGGAGACACUCGGCUGUGCUUAUGGAACAUCCCUCUCCCUCUCCAUCACCCCACGGGACACGAUCAUCACCUGAUCCCCGGAGACCUCACCCAGCUGCCCCCACCUCCUCCUUAAUAGGACACAAGGAGAAACAUAAGCACAAGUGUAAACGCCGCAGCCAUGGGUGCCCUGGCUAUGACAAACUAAAGAGACAAAAAAGGAAACGCAAGAAGAAGUAUUUGCAGCUGCGCUCCAGGCGGCUUGACCCAGACUUCCUUGCAGAGCUGGAUGAGAUUGUUGUGAGACUGAGUGAAAUACGGAUAGCACACCGUACUACAGGGCACCGGCUUGGCAGUGGAUUAGGUUUAGGGGCAGGUACAAGUAGAGUACCAGGGGUUGCAAGCAGGGCCAGUAGUCUAGGGGGCCCUCCUCCACAUCAUUAUAUACACAGGGAUCUCCUUCCUACCAUCUUCAGGGUUAAUUUUGGCAGCUUCUACUCUCAUCCUGCUUACUCCUGUGACCCCUUGCACUAUGUUCGUAAACCAGACAUGAAGAAGAAACGGGGGAGGCCUCCCAAACUGAGGGAGUCCAUGUCUGAGGUUCCUUUUGUACCUGGACUUGGAUUCCCACUCUCAAGUGGAGGUUUCUACCACCCAUCCUACAGUGUACCUUACUCCUCAGGGCCCUUGGGGUUGGGCUAUUAUAGAGGAUUUCCUCCAACAAGUGCCCUGUAUCCCCACCCACACCACCAGUCGCCCCACACAGCCCCAUCCCACCACUCCCACCACUCACCCUCUUUCCCCCCUCCUCCCCCGACAUCUUACAUGCACCAUCACCAUCCUUCACAUCUCCUGCUGAACCCUUCAAAAUUUCAUAAGAAAAAACAUAAGCUGCUCAGGCAGGAGUAUCUGGGGGCAGGAAGGUCCCCUGUCCUGUUCCCUCCCAUGUCAUCUGAGCUCUCCUUCAGCUGGCACCACAAACACAAACACAGACACAAACACAGAGAGCGCUGUGCCGAGGAAGACAGGGAGGAAGCAGUUAGAGGAGGAUCAGGGAGUCGGCCUGGUGCAGGGAUAUCAGACAGCGGAGCAACAGGGAAAGGAGAGAGAGUCGGCAGUUUAGGAAUGGCAGAGUCUGUACAAAGAUGCAGAUUUGGACGGGACAGCUCCAGCACCAGUGCCAGCAAGCAACCUACUACUACAUCCGCCAACUCUCCUUCUUCUUCCUCAUCUUCAUCUGCAGAAAGAUACAAGCGCAAAGAUAACUCCAUGUCCUGCCUAGGCCCCUCCAGGCUUGCACUGGGCAGCAGCUCAAAAGGCCACCACCCACUAGAGUCCUGGUUCAGGAUGGGCAGCUCUAAGGCAGACUACUCUAAGCUUUCAAGGGGUCAUGUUGCACCUGGGCAGGGUCCGUUCUCAGAUGGACGCACUGAGGACCCAGCAGGCUGCUCAGACAGUGAGGAUGAGGAGCCCCUCACACCCACGGACGAUGUAGAGCCUGAAGCACAUGAUUCUCCAAAUCCUACAAAUCUCUUUGCCUCUGCUCUCACCCGCACUACGAUGAAGGGGGGCAGGAGCAGAAAGAUGGAGGUGGUUGCAGAGAGUUCCAGCUUCUCCCGCAUAGACCGGCCAUCGAGAAAGGACCAUUCAACAUCAGCAGAAAGGAGAGAGUUAGGGUCAUCAGGUAUCCAGACAAGAGGUGUUGCACUCUCGACCUCUGAUGGGCCAGACGGAUCCCUGCACCAUCGACAGCAGCACCAUCACCAACCUUCUCUGUUUCACUCCCAUGGCUCUGCCCCUUCCUGCCUCUCCCCCUCACAGGACUGUUGCCUAGAUGCCUCCCUGUCCCAUCACUCCCACCGGGCACAGCCCUCCAAACACAGCCUGCACCACGUCAACAAAAUCUUGAGGGCAAAGAAGCUGCAGAGGCAGGCUCGCACAGGAAACAACAUGGUGAAAAAGAGGGGCCCAGGACGCCCAAGGAAACACCCCUUACCUUCACCGCCACCAUCUCCACCACCAGUUGAGCUGAAUCAAACCCGGCAUAAGGACAGAGCAGGGGAGAGGCCAGCAGGGGGCAGAGGCUGGGAGGGAGACACUGUGACGGAUGCUAUAGAGUCGGUAGUUCAGGGCCAGCAAAGAAAAGGCCAGAAGAGGAAGCACUGGGAGAGAGAUGGGGAAGAAGAAGAAGAGGAUGAGGAAGAGGACGGGGAGGUAGAGGAGGCUGAGGAGAGAUUGCUUGACAGAGAGGAGAACCUUGGCAACCUGGUGGCAAGGUCCAAAACUGGAACAGGAAGAAUCUGGCUAACCCAGGAUGAGCUUCAGCAAUUUCAUGGCCCAAUGGAGAGCAAACCAGAUGGCCAACGCACCCCGGAACUCCCAGGCACUGCCUCCAGGGAACAAGCUCCACCCAUGCCCUUAACCAGCCAACGGGAGAAGAGACCAGCCAGGCCUCCAAAGAAGAAGUUUCAGAAGGCAGGACUUUACUCCGAUGUGUACAAGACUGAAGACCCCCGGAGCCAGCUUCUGCAACUCAAAAAAGAGAAACUUGAAUACAUACCAGGGGAGCAUGAGUAUGGAUUGUUUCCAGCACCUAUACAUGUCGGGAAAUACCUAAGACAGAAGCGCAUUGAUUUCCAGUUGCCUUACGACAUCUUAUGGCUGUGGAAACACGAUCAGCUUUACAAGAGGCCUGAUGUCCCCCUUUAUAAAAAGAUCAGAUCGAAUGUCUAUGUGGACGUGAAGCCUCUCUCUGGUUAUGAAACAACUACAUGCAACUGUAGAACUCCCGAGGACAAGACUGAAAAAGCCUGCCUGGAUGAUUGUCUGAAUAGAAUGAGUUUUGCCGAGUGCUCUCCCAGCACCUGCCCAUGCGGUGAGCAGUGUGACAACCAGCACAUCCAGAGACACGAGUGGGUCCAGUGCCUGGAGCGAUUUCGCACUGAAGGCAAGGGCUGGGGUAUCCGCACCAAGGAAUCACUGCGCAAUGGUCAGUUCAUCAUCGAGUACCUUGGAGAGGUAGUCAGUGAACAGGAGUUCAGGAGCCGUAUGAUGGAGCAGUACUUCUCCCACAGUGGCCACUACUGUCUGAACCUGGAUAGCGGCAUGGUGAUUGACAGCUACCGAAUGGGCAAUGAGGCACGCUUCAUAAACCACAGCUGCGAACCCAACUGUGAGAUGCAGAAGUGGUCAGUGAAUGGGGUGUACAGAAUCGGCCUCUUUGCUCUCAAGGACAUCAGCAGUGGCACUGAGCUCACCUACGACUAUAACUUUCAUUCGUUCAACACAGAGGAGCAGCAAGCAUGUAAGUGUGGCUCUGAGAGCUGUAGGGGGAUCAUUGGAGGAAAGAGCCAGCGUAUUAACGGCCUGCCUGGGAAGACGGGAGGGACUCGGCGGCUCGGUCGACUCAAGGAGAAGAGGAAGUCAAAACAUCAGCUCAAGAAACGAGAAGAGGAGUCGAGUGACAGCAACAAGUUUUACCCUCACCUCAUGAAGCCCAUGUCCAACAGGGAAAGGAACUUUGUGCUGAAGCACCGAGUGUUUCUUCUGAGAAACUGGGAGAAGAUGAGGGAGAAACAGGAGCUGCUGAAGAGGGAGGGCGAGAGAGAAAGGGACACGAGCAGUCUCUCCAUGUACACACGCUGGGGUGGAGUCAUCCGAGACGAUGGCAAUAUUAAAUCAGAUGUGUUCCUGACACAGUUCUCGGCUCUGCAGACGUCACGGUCUGUACGUACACGGAGACUAGCCGCUGCUGAAGAAAACACAGAAGUCACACGCACUGCUCGCCUCGCACAUAUCUUCAAGGAGAUCUGUGACAUGAUCACCAGCUACAAGGAUUCAGCUGGCCAGACACUCGCUGCUCCACUGGUGAACCUCCCAUCAAGGAAGAGGAACAGCCAGUACUAUGAGAAGGUGUCAGACCCUCUGGACCUAAGCACCAUUGAGAAGCAAAUCCUCACCGGCCACUAUAAGACUGUUGAAGCGUUCGAUACUGACAUGCUUAAAGUGUUUCGUAACGCUGAGAAAUAUUACGGCAGGAAAUCAUCGGUAGGCAGGGACGUCUGUAGGCUGCGUAAAGCCUACUACAGUGCUCGUCAUGAAGCCGCUGUCCAGAUUGAUGAAAUUGUUGGUGAAACCGCCAGCGAAGCCGACAGCUCAGACUCACUGGAGCGGGACCACAGCCACCACCACCAUGGAGGAGGGCCCGGCUCUCACGACAAGGACGAUGAUGUCAUCCGAUGCAUCUGUGGAAUGUACAAAGACGAAGGCCUGAUGAUCCAGUGUGAGAAGUGCAUGGUGUGGCAGCACUUUGACUGCAUGCGGCUGGAGACCGAGGUGGAGCACUACCUGUGUGAGCAGUGCGACCCUCGGCCUAUAGACAGGGAAGUUCCCAUGAUCCCCCAGCCUAGCUAUGCCCAGGCUGGCUCUAUCUACUACAUCUGCCUACUCAGAGAUGACCUGCUGCUACACCAAGGUGAUUGUGUUUAUCUAAUGAGAGACAGCAGACGAACACCUGAAGGCCAGCCUAUCAGACAGUCGUAUCGUCUCUUGUCUCAUGUCAACCGGGACAAACUCGACAUCUUCAGAAUAGAGAAACUCUGGAAGAAUGAGAAGGGGGAGAGGUUUGCCUUUGGUCACCACUACUUCCGUCCUCAUGAAACGCAUCACUCUCCAUCACGGCGUUUCUACCAGAAUGAGUUAUUCCGCAUGCCGUUAUACGAGAUCAUCCCACUGGAGGCUGUGGUGGGAACCUGCUGUGUCCUUGAUCUCUAUACUUACUGCAAGGGACGACCGAAGAACGUAAAAGAACAGGAUGUUUACAUCUGUGAUUACCGCUUGGACAAGUCGGCUCACCUGUUCUACAAGAUCCACCGAAACCGCUACCCUGUGUGCACCAAGCCAUAUGCCUUCAACCACUUCCCCAAGCGGCUCACACCCAAAAGGGACUUCUCGCCUCAUUAUGUUCCCGACAACUACAAGAGGAACGGCGGCCGCUCCGCCUGGAAGAGCGAACGACCCAAAGGAAGCUGCGAUGAUGACGGCUCGUCCUGUGAACGGGGUGAUGACUUCCCUGAAGACGGCAGAGGAGUUGAGGACGACAUGGACAUGGCACCUGACGACCCUGAACUCCUUUCAGCCAAGCCCCGAAGAGUUGGUCGAGAAGGAGAUGAGGAUGACGAGGAGGAGGAGGAUGAGGAGGAAGGGCGGGACACUGAGGAGAGAAAGGAGCUGGAGGAGAGUACUACAGAGAGGAUAGGAGAGAUGCUAGAACUCCCAUCAUCCUCUGCCUCCUCGCCGCUGCACCACCCGGUGCUGAGCAGGAGGGAAGCCCAGAGGGAACGGCUUAACAAAAUCCUGCUGGAUCUGCUGCACAGAACGCCCAGCAAGAAUGGUGAGGGACCGGGAACAAAGCAGGGGGCCAUAGAUGUCACGUAUCUCCUGGAGGAGGGUGCAGGACGGCGGCUACGGCGACGGACGCUGGGAUUUGGGGAUUUCGUGGGCAGAAAAUAACAUUGCUGCGUGCCUGUCAAGCACACUGCCUUUUGUCUUUUGUGAGCGAGGGGCGAUAGAGAAAAUGGAGAGACAGCAAGAAGGGAAAACAAGCAUUGCUGGUUGUCUGACCAUUAAGGACCACAAUGCAUCCCUGGGGGCCUCUUCCAGUUUACCUCUUCCAGGACUGUCAUCUCAACUCUGAGAGGGUGGAGGGGGUUUGGAAGCGCUGACUCCAUUGCUAUUUCAGCUUUUAAGAGUUCUCAAGGAGCACUAGAAGAGAGCUGACCCAGACUUUUUGCUUAUUUAAGUAGUAUGAUGCAAAACAUGUUUUUUAAUGAACAUAGGAGAUAUAACCCAUGCACUUAAAUGCAUUGUAUUUACAGACAUGGGCAAGAUGAACCCACUAGCAAGCAACAGAAAUGAAACAAGUGGUACUGAAUAGGGGCAGGGAUGGUUUCAGUUAAAGGGGAUGUGAAUGCUGGAGAACUGCUCCCUCUAGUGGGACCUAGCUGCAAUGACAAAAUAUAAGAGAAGAGCUGCGCCGAGGAAUAUGGCAUAGGAGAAAUGUAAGUUGAGCAGUGUGCUCAGAUGCUGCUCAUUAGAAAGAGAGAAUGAGGGUGGUGAACUGCACUUUUGGUACCAUGGAUAUUGUGAAGCUCUGUGUAAUGUAUCUAUAAUGAAAACACACUAACACUUUCACAGUAUUGGAUGAUGCAGUCUAAAAAAAGGAAGUUAAAAAGUCUAUUAUCUUUUUUUCCUGUUAUACUGUAGUAACUCAUGUAGGAACAGAAAAGGAUUGGGGUGUGUUUGUUUUUAAAGGGAGGGGAGGGAUGAUUAAGUGUGCGCUUUUGUCAGUCAAAGUGUCUCGUUGAGGUUUUAAUUUUUGAUUUCUCGUGAGGCAGUCGGCUUCGCCCCUCUUUUUUGAAGUAACAUGAUUCACCAGCUUAACUAAACCAGGCGUACGGGAGGGAGAGAGGGAGGGACACCGGCUUUAACUGUAACGCCUUACACAGCCGUGCUCUCCUGACUGCCUUGUGUGCGAGUGCGUGCACACACACUUAUCGUGUGUCUGCCAGAUUUCUUGAAGAUAUACCUUUUUAAAACAAAAAUUGAAAAAAAAUUUAAGGGCUCGAUGGCAAUUAACAGUUUUAAGAAAACUAUGGAAACAAUACUUAACAUGAAAUGUAUCGUGAUGGUCAUAUUUUCUUAUAUUCUGUGAGACGGGUUGGGGAGGUGUAUACUGUAUAUCGGGAGGGGAAGGUCACCUUUUUUCUGUCUUAGACUAUGUUCCUCGUUGCCAUGGAGAAUGUUUAAAAAAAAUUGUGAUAUUUGAUGAGAUUUCUUGGUUUUCCCCCUAAAUGUCUCUGCUAAGAAGGGACAGCUUGCAGUGUCCCAGUGUGGUAAACUGACAGAGAAAAGAGACGAGGAUGAGACACUGACAGAGAGAAGAAGCAGGGUGGGGCGGGGGCAGGAAGCUGUACAGUGCCAAGUUCUGUAAAUACACACACUUUACAUUGAGGAGUGUCUCCAAAAGCAAUAUCUUGAAAAAUGGAUUUUGUUUAUUAUUGUACUGUACAGGACUCAGCCCUAAAUGUAUUAUGAUUAUUAUAAUAAUGAUAAUAUUAUUUCUUUCGUUUGUAUUACUAUAAUGAAGACACUUAAGCUCGGAGGAAAAUGAUUUUUUAAUGUCCUUAAAGUCUCACCUUAACUGUCCUGACGACAUAAAAACUUAAGCUGAGUUUUUGUUGCCUAUAAAUGAAAUUCAUCUAUGAACUGCAUGAGCGAGAAGAAUGUCAAAUGGACGCAGAAGGCAUCUGGACAUGACAGUGACUCAGCAACGACACCUUUUGUCACUGAAUAUUGUUAAUAAUAUAACUUUCAAAGGAGAAAUGUACUCCUUGUUUUUUGCUGCAAAGUGUUGAACACUAAAAAAACAAACCAACAUAAAAAUGUUAAGAUAUUUUUAAACAGCGAAAGAAGCAGAAUUAAAGCUGUCAGCCCGAUAUCAUGUUAUUAUUUUUUGUUUUUUCUUUCAAAUAGGAAAUGGUUCCGUUUUGUGAUAGCAGUCAUUGUAUGAUGCUUGUACUUGUAUUUGUGUGUUUUUGUGUGAUUUGUUUAGUUAUUUUUAGACAAUCACAAAAUAAGAUGCAAGCAUUGUAAAUGGCAGACUGGCGGACAUUUUGUGAUGUGUACAGUUUGUCCAAAAAAAAAAACUUCUUCCACUCGUUAAAAGUUUGUAAUUAUGAUUCUUAAGUCAUGAAAAUGAUGCUGUUGGUUUUUACUUUUUUGUUUUAUAUUUGUUUUUUGUUUGUUUGUUUUUUUAAUAAAAAGCACUACAUU